UUUUUUUUUUAUCUUUUUUAAACGACCUAUCUUUUCUUUUAUUCCAUGCAACCUCCAUAUUUUCAUUAUCAACAUCUGUAACAUUUGCACAUAUACACCUCAGUGAAUUCAGAACAUUACAUUAAUGACGUCCAACAUCAAGAUCGGCCCUUAUAUGCUGCUCGAAACCCUGGGUGUGGGUUCAUUUGGCAAGGUCAAACAUGAUGAGAUUAAAUAUGGUGGAUUGUACAGUCAAGAGAACUAUCAAAUGACGGGAAAGUGCCAAGGAUUGCGUUAUGUUUGGAACAGAAAGAUUCACAGACCAAUGGAGGCUAUAGAUCACCAACAUGUGCUCAGCGCAGUUCACUCGCUCACAGGUCAUACGGUUGCCAUCAAAAUUAUUAAUAAGAGCAAGGUUGUGAACCAGGAUAUGUUUGCGCGAGUUAAACGAGAGAUCCAAUAUCUUAAAUUACUACGACACCCACAUAUCAUCAAAUUAUACGAAGUCAUCUCCACACCUACUUCAAUAUACAUGGUCAUCGAAUAUGCUGGAGGAGAGCUUUUCAACUACAUUGUAGAUAAUACAAGGUUAUCUGAGGAUGAAGCUCGGCGAUUCUUUCAACAGAUUGUAUGUGCUAUCGAGUAUUGUCAUCGACACAAGAUUGUACAUCGAGACCUCAAACCAGAGAAUCUUUUAUUAGACCCGUCGAUGAAUGUCAAAAUCGCUGAUUUUGGCCUAUCAAAUAUCAUGACGGAUGGUGAUUUCCUAAAAACAAGUUGUGGAAGCCCAAAUUACGCUGCUCCUGAAGUCAUCUCAGGAAAGCUAUAUGCAGGACCAGAAGUCGAUGUCUGGAGCUGUGGAGUUAUUCUUUAUGUAAUGUUGUGUGGACGACUACCGUUUGACGAUGAUUAUAUUCCUCUUCUGUUCAAAAAGAUCAAUGGUGGGAUCUACUCUCUCCCAUCGUUUUUGUCACCUGAAACCAAGUAUUUGUUAACAUCAAUGCUGGUGGUGGACCCGUUGAAGCGAAUUACAAUUGCCGAAAUCCGUCAAAACGCAUGGUUUAAUGUAGGGUUACCAGAAUAUUUGAAACCGUUGCCUCAGGGAAUCUCUGAUGAUAUCUUUUGUAACCUACAGGAAGAUAUUAUUGAAGAGCUGAUGAAAAAAAUGAAUUUUACAAGAGAGACAAUCAUUCAAGCACUGGAAGAACGACAGAAUAAUCAGAUCAAAGUGGCAUAUCAACUUGUUGUUGACCAUCGACAGAUGAUUGAAAAUGCAUCACAUAUGUCUCCACAAAAACCAUUCCAGAGCUUUUUGGCAACAUCACCACCUCCAUGGAAUGCGGCCGAUAACAAUAGCUCAUCACCUAACAACAGAUCCACAACAGGAUCUUCUGCAGGCUCAGCGCUAAAAUCCGGUGGCAAUGGUAACGCUGAAGGAGGAGGGGACGCCUCCUCGCCUGAUGUUGACUCUCUAGAUUCGCCUGUCCCAUCCUCCAUCACAGUCCUAAGCACUAGUUUGCCAGGAAAUAGUCUAGCCAAAGAGUUGCACAGGAAAGCCUCUUUGAAGAACACACGGAGAGAUCGCUCUACUAGUUACUCUCAAUCACAAUCAUCGCCAUUCAGUGGCUCAAAUGGUCACCAACCAACAUUGUCGUCCGCUCAUAUUGGCGGUGGAGGAAGCACCAAUGGGCAACAUCAUGAGCAUGGGACAACUGCAGCUUUUCACCAAGCGGCUGUGUUAGGCAACGGUGGGAUCGGAGGUGGGAUACCGAUCCCAACAAAUCAAACACCUGGCUCUGGAGCAACCUAUUUAGGACCAUCUGUUGGAGGCAAAAACAACCACAGUAAUAACCAUAGUAACAAUAAUAGUAUGUUGGCGACCGCUACUGCAGCCCAACGACGCAUCAAAUCUAGACCAAAAUGGUACUUUGGAAUCCGGUCCAGGAGCGCCCCUUUGGAGGUGAUGGCGGAGAUUUAUCGAGCACUGUCAAACCUAUCGAUGAAAUGGAAGAUUAUCAACACAUACCAUCUACGUGCCAAGUAUGAGUAUGCAGAAGGAUUUGAGGUCAAGAUCGAGCUACAGCUAUACCGAUUGGACAGUGAUAAUUAUCUAGUGGACUUCAAGUAUGUGGGACAACAUUCUGCAGCAGAGAUACAGGCUCGUGCAGAACUAAUGAAUCGCAUUAAUGAGGAAACACAACAACAGUUUGCGAGACAUUUGUCAUCUUUAUCUGCCAAGGAACCUGUUGGAGAAAAUCCAUCAAUUAACAACAAUACCGGCGCUGUAAAACCUAUAGAAUCAUCGACAACGGCAGUAGAAGCAGAAGUAGAAGCAGAAGCAGAGGAUAGUGUAAGUGGCAAAGAAGGCAGUAGUGCGGCAGUAUCGAACCCACAAGAUAUUCCUCAACCAACCACGGCACAUGGUAGCGUAGUAGGGGUAGCAGCCAUGGAUAAUCAUCUACUAUCACAUACCGCACCUGUAUCACGACCUCAACCCCUUGUCAGUUUUAAGCCCAAUAAUGAGGCUCGUCUAGUGCCCGCUGUUGCUUCCGGUUCAGGAGGAUCAGACUCCUCUCCUUCUGGUGGAAUGCUGCUGCCCUCGAUGCUGAGUAUGUCAUUACCAGCCACAACCACCGGCCCAUCAUCAUCAUUGGCGACAGGGCCGGGGAUCCUAUCUUCGUCAUUAAUGCAAGAACGACAAUAUCUUAAAGAGAUCAAUGAACUGCAACAGCAGUUGAAGCAUCAACAACGACAACGAGAUAUGAAUCGACGUCCGACACACUUAUUAUUCCCCAAGGCUAGCUAUCAACUAGCUUCAGCAAAAGAUGUCACUUCACCCUUUCCAUUUUUUGAUGUGUGUGGUAAAUUGAUCACAGAGCUAGCAAUUGGAAGUGGAUGAAGCUGGGGGGAAAAAAUAAAAUAAAAAAUAAAAC